AUGGUUGAUACCGCUAAUAAGUCAACUUUGGCCAACAAUGCUAAUAGAUCGGUUUUGUCACUCACAUCUCCCGCCAAACUGAAUAUAAUAUCCUCCGACUGGUCCAGAAGCGAAGGUAAAAUUGGAAAGAAACCUCUAAGGCGCACAAAUUCGCUAAAUUCGAGAGGUCUGACAAAUGUCCCAAGUUUGAAUGGAGGUAAUUCCAUGUACUCACGCCCCCAAAUCUCUUUACCAGCACCUCCGUUGAUAAGGCGAAGCUCGUCUUUCUUCAAAGAUGACCUCGAUCGGAAUGACGUUUCAAAGGGUAGAGCACAGUCAUCAUCAGCGGCCUGUGGUGCCCCACAGCCGUCUGCAAUCCCAGAAGCAGAGGUGAUCACAACAGAUAGAUUUAUCCCUACUCUGCAAAGCAAUCAACAAAGCAAAGUGGAUCCCUCGGCGUUUAAUGAGGAUUUACCGCCUGCUAAUGCAUCACCAACAGCUCAUUUAAGAGCUCAGACGAAGCUAGUUUUUAAGCAGACUGUCGCCAAAGCAUGCGGCCUUGAUAUGAACCAAAGGAUUUUGCAAUACAUGCCACAGCCGCCGGUCGCUUCCUUCAAGAGACAAACCUAUAGCAUGAGGAAGAGAAGUCACUAUAAUUAUCAACAGGAGCCAGAGCCUGAAUUGGUGAAAUUGCGUAAAAUCAAUAGCAAUCCUGAGAGAAUAUUAGAUGCACCUGGCUAUCAGGACGAUUUCUACCUGAACCUAUUAAGCUGGUCAUCAAAGAACGUCCUAGCGAUUGCGCUCGAAACGGCGCUCUAUCUUUGGAACGGCAGCAGCGGCGAUGUUACCAUGAUGGUAGACUACGAAACAACCAAGAUUACGAGUGUAAUAUGGUCUGACGACGACUGUCACAUAUCCAUUGGGAAAGAAGAUGGGAACACCGAAAUCUGGGAUGUUGAAACUCUAUCACUGGUGAGAACAAUGAGGUCUGGGCUUGGAGUACGAAUUGGCGCACAGUCAUGGCUGGAAACUUUAGUCGCCAUUGGUUGUAGAAGUGGAGAGAUUCAAAUUAACGACGUGCGGAUUAAGCAACAUGUCGUAUCCACCUGGGAAGAGCAUUCUGGUGAAGUCUGCGGGCUGAGCUAUAGAAAUGAUGGCCUCCAAUUAGCAUCAGGCGGCAAUGACAAUACGGUGAUGAUUUGGGAUACCAGAGUCUCUAUGCCGCAAUGGAUCAAGCGAAAUCAUACCGCAGCUGUCAAAGCUCUCAGUUGGUGCCCAUUCAUACCGAAUUUGCUAGCUUCCGGUGGUGGACAGACAGAUAAACAUAUCCACUUUUGGAAUACCGCAACUGGAGCGAACGUUGGAACCAUCAGCACGGGGUCCCAAGUCAGUUCAUUGCACUGGGGCCAAAGUUACAGUGGAUCUUCUGGCAGCAUGAAUCGAGAGAUAGUCGCGACCGGCGGUAGCCCAACAAAUGCCAUAUCGAUCUUUAACUAUGAUACGAAGUAUAAAGUGGCAGAGAUAAUGCACGCUCAUGAAUCUAGAAUUUGCUGUUCUCAGCUAUCACCAGAUGGCACAACGUUGGCCACUGUUGGAGGAGAUGAAAACCUGAAAUUUUACAAGGUCUUUGAACCACGAAGACGAACCAGACGGAAGACAAAGGCUGUAGACGGGGAGGUCUUAAGCCUUUUUGGCCACAGCACAUCAAAGUUUUCGGCCAUGGACGAUGAUUAUGACUACUUGAAAAGUAGUCAGGAGGAAGCGGAUGAUUGUAAAGGCAUUGACGACUCAGCAGUGAACACUUCCAAGAGGAAAAGCAGCGCUUUCCUCAUCAGAUGA